GUCCUAAGAUGGCGGCGCUGUUAGAAGAUAGAGACUUGCAGGGAAUAAGGCAGCGCUUCCAGCAGCAGGCGGAGGACUUACUGAGGGAAGACGCAGACGCCGAUGAUGAGAAGAAGAAGAAGGAGAAGCCUCUUCGCAGACUGAACUGCCAUUCUGUCUUGUGGAUCUUGGCAGCAGUGGCGGUGACUUAUUAUGUCGACUUCUUUCCAGUUCUCCAAUUAAACCUCCAGGAAGGCUGUGCCUGGCUCCUGGUUGGUGCGGUGUCAUUGGUUGUCAGUCUGUCCAUAGCACUUUUCUGCAUAGUGUAUCUAGAGUGGAAAUGCGGGAUCUGUGACUACGACGCAGAGUAUCCAGGGCUCGUACCGGUGGCUGUGGUAACGUUUCUAGUAGCUGCUGUCUGCUUCAAUGUUUCCUUGUGGCCAGUUUGGUCAUUUUUCACUCCGGUGAUAUUAUUUACGCAGUUCAUGGGAUUUGUAAUGCUGGUGUCGCUCUUUGGGUGAGCUCGUGGAGAUCUAGAGAAGACCCUGAAGUGAAGAUCAGCAGCUGGACUACAUGAAGGUGAAGAGCUGCAGGCAGCCACAGACAAUUUAUUUUUUAUUUUAUUUUUAUUCAGAGAAGAUUCUUCCUUUAGAAAUGUAUUUGCUACGUACCUUAGAUAUUAGAUAGUAAAGGGAUUGUCCGAGUGUUUAAUACUGAUGACCUAUCCUCAGGAGGGGAUCCGACUUCUGACACCCCCGCCGAGGCUGCCGAGCUCCGGUGAGUGCCGCGUCCUCCUCGCA